GUGGUGGUGGUGCUGGUGGUGGCGGCCGAGACGGCGGCGGCCAUUUUGGUGAGGCCUCGGAAGCGGCGGCGGCGGUUCGCUGGGAGUAGCGUCUCUCAUUUUUCCCACCCACCGCCCGCAUCUCUGUGCCGUGAGAGGAGGCAGUGGAAGCAAGGCGGUGGCAGUAGCCACGGGCCCCAGGGGAAUUUAAAGGCCGCGAAGGCGGCAGCCAAGAGGGGGCCCUCCCCGCUCCUCGGCGGGAGGGGGGGUGGUGCCCACGCCCCCGAGGACGCAGGCGUGAUUCCCCUCAGUACGGCGGCACCGUGGAAGUACAGACUUUCACAGGGAGUGUGGUCUCAGCUCACACAGGUGCUCCAGAGGCCAGUGGACCUGAGCGGAGACUGGGACGCCCUAGUGGGCCCCGGGCCCUGGAAGGCGGGUCCCGGUGGCCGGUGGCCCAGAAUGAGGCCAGCUCCCAGCAUGCCCUGCAGCCGGACGCCAGCCCCUCGGCCAGCAGCAGUGGUGACAACGACCCAGUCAUUCUACAGGCAUCCAAAGAGGAGCCUGGGAGUGGGACCAUGCAGAGCAGCCCCUCCCCUGCUCACCCUCAGCUCCCAAUCCUGCAUUCACAGAUGGUGUCGGACGGCAUGACAGGCAGCAAUCCUGUGUCCCCUGCCUCAUCCAGUUCCCCAGCCUCUAGUGGGGCAGGUGGCAUCUCCCCCCAGCAUAUAGCUCAAGAUUCCUCUCUGGAUGGACCUCCAGGGCCCCCAGAUGGUGCCACAGUGCCCCUGGAGGGGCUUAGCUUACCCCAGGCUGCUGACCUGGCUAACAAGGGCCCAAAAUGGGAGAAGAGCCAUGCUGAGAUUGCAGAGCAGGCCAAGCAUGAGGCUGAGAUUGAGACUCGGAUUGCGGAGCUGCGGAAGGAGGGUUUCUGGUCACUGAAGAGGCUGCCUAAAGUACCUGAGCCUCCCCGCCCCAAAGGCCACUGGGACUAUCUAUGUGAGGAGAUGCAGUGGCUCUCUGCUGACUUUGCUCAGGAGCGUCGUUGGAAACGGGGUGUGGCCCGUAAGGUGGUGCGCAUGGUGAUCCGGCACCACGAGGAGCAGCGGCAGAAAGAGGAACGGGCCCGGAGGGAGGAGCAGGCCAAGCUGCGCCGAAUUGCCUCCACCAUGGCCAAGGAUGUCAGGCAGUUCUGGAGCAGCGUGGAGAAGGUGGUGCAAUUCAAGCAACAGUCCCGACUCGAGGAAAAGCGCAAAAAAGCUCUGGACUUGCACCUGGACUUCAUUGUGGGGCAAACUGAAAAGUACUCAGACCUUCUGUCUCAGAGCCUCAACCAGCCACUAGCCUCCAGCAAAGCUGGCUCUUCUCCUUGCCUUGGCUCUUCCUCAGCUGCCUCUAGUCCUCCACCCCCAGUUGCCCGGCUGGAUGAUGAAGAUGGGGACUUCCAACCCCAAGAGGAGGAGGAAGAGGAUGAUGAGGAGACAAUUGAGGUUGAAGAACAGCAGGAAGGCAAUGAUGCAGAGACCCAGAGACGUGAGAUUGAGCUGCUUCGACGUGAGGGAGAACUGCCACUGGAAGAGCUGCUCCGUUCCCUCCCCCCUCAGCUGCUAGGAGGGCCUUCCAGCCCCUCGAGAACCCCCUCAUCUCGUGAUAGUGACACCCGAGAUGGGCCUGAAGAAGGUGGUGAAGAAGAGCCUUCUCAGGUGUUGAAGGUAAAGCCCACACCCUCCUCUGUCACACAGUGCAACAAAAAACCUUGGCAUGCAGAUGAGGAUGACGAAGAGUUUACUGCCAAUGAGGAUGAAGCGGAGGAUGAAGAGGACACCAUCGCAGCUGAGGAGCAGUUGGAAGGGGAGGUGGAUCAUGCCAUGGAGCUGAGCGAGUUGGCUCGAGAAGGUGAGCUGUCUGUGGAGGAGCUACUGCAGCAGUAUGCAGGAGCCUAUGCUUCUGAUGCCUCUGCACCAGGUUCUGGGAGUAGUGAAGAGGAAGAUGAAGAUGAGGUUGAGGCUAACAGCUCUGACUUUGAACCAGAGGGGGCCACAGAAGCUGAAGAGGCUCCUCAAGAGGAUAGUAGCAGUCAGUCAGACUCUGCUGAGGAGCAGAGCGAGGAUGAGGAAGAUGAGCAUUCAGAGGAGGAGGAAACAAGUGGAAGUUCAGAAUCAGAAGAAUCUGAAUCUGAUGAAUCUGAGGAGUCCCAGUCACAGAGCCAAGCAGAUGAGGAAGAGGAGGAAGAUGAUGACUUUGGGGUGGAGUACUUGCUUGCCCGGGAUGAAGAACGGAGUGAGGUAGAUGGUGGCAGUGGACCUCCCACCCCUGGGCCCACCACCACUCUAGGCCCUAAGAAAGAAAUUACUGACAUCGCUGCAGCAGCUGAAAGUCUCCAGCCCAAGGGUUACACCUUGGCCACUACCCAGGUGAAGACACCCAUCCCCCUGCUCUUGCGGGGCCAGCUCCGGGAGUACCAACACAUUGGGCUGGACUGGCUGGUUACUAUGUAUGAGAAGAAGCUUAAUGGCAUUCUUGCUGAUGAGAUGGGGCUAGGCAAAACAAUCCAGACCAUCUCCCUGCUUGCCCACUUGGCUUGUGAGAAAGGUAACUGGGGUCCCCAUUUGAUCAUUGUUCCCACCAGUGUGAUGUUGAACUGGGAAAUGGAGCUGAAACGUUGGUGCCCUAGCUUUAAAAUCCUCACUUACUAUGGAGCCCAGAAAGAGAGGAAGCUCAAGCGGCAGGGCUGGACCAAGCCCAAUGCCUUCCAUGUGUGUAUCACGUCUUACAAGCUGGUGCUGCAGGACCACCAGGCCUUCCGCCGCAAGAACUGGCGCUAUCUCAUUCUGGAUGAGGCUCAGAACAUCAAGAACUUCAAGUCACAGCGCUGGCAAUCACUGCUCAAUUUCAACAGCCAGAGACGCCUGCUCCUGACAGGAACUCCCUUGCAGAACAGUCUUAUGGAGCUGUGGUCCUUGAUGCACUUUUUGAUGCCCCAUGUCUUCCAGUCUCAUCGGGAGUUCAAAGAAUGGUUCUCUAACCCCCUAACUGGCAUGAUUGAGGGCAGCCAAGAGUACAAUGAAGGUCUAGUCAAACGCCUCCAUAAGGUUUUGCGGCCUUUUUUGCUGCGCCGAGUUAAGGUGGAUGUUGAGAAGCAGAUGCCUAAAAAGUAUGAGCAUGUUAUCCGCUGCCGGCUCUCCAAGCGCCAACGCUGUCUCUAUGAUGACUUCAUGGCACAGACUACAACUAAGGAGACACUAGCCACGGGCCAUUUCAUGAGCGUCAUCAACAUUUUGAUGCAGCUGCGAAAAGUCUGCAAUCAUCCAAACCUGUUUGACCCUCGACCUGUUACCUCCUCUUUCAUCACCCCAGGCAUCUGCUUCAGCACCGCCUCUCUGGUGCUAAGGGCCACUGAUGUCCACCCCCUCCAGCGGAUAGACAUGGGUCGCUUUGAUCUUAUUGGCCUGGAGGGUCGUGUCUCUAGAUAUGAGGCUGACACAUUUCUACCCCGACACCGCCUCUCCCGCCGGGCACUGCUCGAGGUUGCUACUGCUCCUGACCCCCCACCCCGGCCCAAGCCAGUCAAGAUGAAGGUCAACAGGAUGCUGCAGCCAGUGCCCAAGCAAGAAGGCCGGACAGUGGUGGUGGUGAACAGCCCACGGACCCCCCUGGGCCCUGUCCCAGUUCGACCCCCUCCAGGCCCUGAGCUCUCAGCCCCGCCUACCCCUGGCCCGACCCCCCCAGUGCUGCCAGCACCACUGAUGGUGUCGCCCUCACCUGCUGGGCCCCCGCUUAUUCCAGCAUCCCGGCCUCCUGGCCCUGUUCUGUUGCCCCCACUGCAACCAAACAGUGGUCCUCUACCCCAGGUGUUGCCAUCCCCCCUGGGGGUCCUGAGUGGGACCUCACGGCCUCCCACGCCAACCCUGUCCCUGAAGCCGGCCCCACCUGCCCCUGUUCGCCUGAGCCCUGCCCCACCCCCAGGCUCUUCCAGCCUUUUGAAGCCCCUGACAGUACCACCAGGCUAUACCUUCCCUUCUGCUGCUGCCACCACCACCUCUACCACCAUAGCCACUGCUCCCACCACAGCAGUGCCAGCUCCUACUCCUGCAUCACAGCGCCUCAUCCUGUCUCCUGAUAUGCAGGCUCGCCUGCCCUCAGGUGAAGUGGUCAGCAUCGGGCAGUUGGCCUCACUGGCACAACGUCCAGUGGCUAGUGCAGGGGGAAGCAAACCUCUCACCUUCCAAAUCCAGGGCAACAAGCUGACUUUGACUGGUGCCCAGGUGCGCCAGCUUGCUGUGGGGCAGCCCCGCCCGCUGCAAAGGAAUGUGGUGCACCUGGUGUCAGCAGGGGGGCAGCACCACCUCAUCAGCCAGCCUGCCCAUGUGGCCCUCAUCCAGGCCGUGGCCCCGACCCCUGGCCCUACCCCUGUCUCUGUGCUGCCUUCUUCGACCCCCAGCACCACCCCUGCCCCUACUGGCCUCAGCCUUCCGCUUGCUGCUAACCAGGUGCCACCAACCAUGGUGAAUAAUACAGGCGUGGUGAAGAUUGUAGUGAGACAGGCCCCUCGGGAUGGACUGACUCCUGUUCCUCCGUUGGCCCCAGCACCCCGACCUCCAAGCUCUGGGCUUCCAGCUGUGUUGACUCCACGCCCCACAUUAACCCCUGGCCGACUACCCACACCUACUCUGGGUACUGCCCGGGCCCCCAUACCCACGUCCACUCUGGUGAGGCCCCUUCUCAAGCUGGUCCACAGUCCUUCGCCCGAAGUCAGUGCUUCAGCACCCGGAGCUGCUCCCUUGGCCAUCUCUUCUCCUGUCCCUGUGCCAUCCUCACUCCCUGGGCCAGCCUCACUCCCUGGGCCAGCCUCUUCUCCAGUGCCAGUUCCCAACUCCUCUACCCUUGCUAGUCCUGUGUCCUCUACAGUCUCACUUCCAGUGUCAUCUUCACUCCCCAUCUCUAUCUCCUCCACACUUCCUGCCCCAGUCUCCGCUCCAGUCACCAUCCCCAUAUCAACCCCCUUGCCUGUUUCGCCUUCGGGUCCAGCUCUGUUGACCAAUGUGACUCCAGCACUGGCACCUGUUGUCUCAGCGGCUCCUGGACCUCCCUCUUUGGCACCAGCUGGGGCUUCCCCGUCAGCGUCAGCCUUGACUCUAGGUUUGGCCACAACUCCAUCCCUGUCCCCAUCUCAGGCACCGGGUCACCCUCUGUUGUUGGCUCCAACCUCUUCACAUGUUCCAGGGUUGAACUCAGCCAUGGCCCCAGCAUGUUCACCUGUCCUGGUGCCAGCUUCUGCUCUGGCCAAUCCUUUUCCGGCAGCACCAAAUCCAGCUCCAGCUCAGGCUUCCCUUCUGGCUCCAGCACCUUCUGCAUCUCAGGCUCUAGCCACCUCUCUGGCUCCCAUGGUGGCUCCACAGACAGCAAUCCUGGCUCCUUCUCCAGCUCCUUCCCUGGCUCCUCUUCCAGUCCUGGCUCCAUCGCCAGGUCCCGCUCCUGUACUGGCUCCAUCGCAGACUCCAGUUCUGGCUUCAUCAUCUACUCCGGGAACUCCUUUAGCCUCAGCUUCUUCACUGGUGCCAGCCCCACCUCCUGUGUUGGCUCCAUCAUCAACUCAAACUAUGGUACCAGCCCCAGUUCCGUCACCUCUUCCGAGCCCGGCUUCUACACAGACACUGGCCUUAGCUCCAGCUUUAGCAUCCACUCUUGGUGGCUCGUCUCCUUCUCAGACACUCUCUUUGGGAGCAGGGAACUCCCAGGGGCCCUUUCCAGCUCAGACAUUGUCAUUGACUCCAGCAUCAUCACUAGUACCAGCUCCAGCCCAGACACUGUCUUUGGCACCAGGACCACCACUGGGUCCAUCUCAGACGCUGUCUCUGGCUCCAGCUUCUCCGAUGGGCCUGGCCCCAGCUCACACGCUGACUUUGGCUCCAGUAUCAUCAUCUGCUUCACUCCUGGCCCCAGCUUCAGUGCAAACACUGACCUUGAACCCAGCCCCAGUUCCAGUGCCCACCUUGGGCCCAACUGCAGCUCAGACUCUGGCACUGGCCCCAGCCUCAACACAGGCCCCAGCUUCCCAGGCAUCCUCCCUUGUGGUUUCAGCAUCUGGCGCCGCUCCCUUGCCUGUCACCAUGGUAUCCCGGCUGCCUGUUUCCAAGGAUGAGCCUGAGACACUGACAUUGCUCUCUGGUCCCCCCAGCCCUCCCUCCACUGCUACCUCGUUCAGUGGUUCCCGGCCUCGACGCCAACCCCCACCACCACCUCGUUCCCCUUUCUACCUGGACUCUUUGGAGGAAAAGCGAAAGCGGCAGCGGUCUGAACGCCUGGAACGGAUUUUCCAACUUAGUGAGGCUCAUGGGGCCCUGGCACCAGUGUAUGGGACUGAAGUCUUGGAUUUCUGUACCCUGCCCCAACCUGUUGCCAGCCCUAUCGGCCCUCAUUCUCCUGGUCCCAGCCAUCCCACCUUUUGGACUUAUACCGAGGCUGCCCGCCAGGCUGUACUGUUUCCCCAGCAACGACUAGACCAGCUGUCAGAAAUCAUUGAGAGGUUCAUCUUUGUCAUGCCUCCUGUGGAGGCACCUCCCCCUUCCCUACAUGCCUGCCACCCACCUCCUUGGCUGGCCCCACGUCAGGCAGCCUUCCAGGAGCAGUUGGCCUGUGAGCUCUGGCCCCGGGCUCGUCCUCUGCACCGUAUUGUAUGUAACAUGCGCACCCAGUUCCCUGACUUGAGGCUCAUCCAGUAUGAUUGUGGAAAGUUGCAAACAUUGGCAGUGCUCUUGCGACAGCUGAAGGCGGAGGGCCACCGGGUGCUCAUAUUCACCCAGAUGACCCGAAUGCUGGAUGUAUUGGAGCAGUUUCUCACCUACCACGGCCACCUCUACUUGCGUCUGGAUGGGUCUACUAGAGUUGAACAGAGACAGGCCUUGAUGGAACGAUUCAAUGCAGACAAACGCAUCUUCUGCUUCAUCCUUUCAACUCGGAGUGGGGGUGUGGGUGUGAAUCUAACAGGAGCAGACACUGUUGUGUUUUAUGACAGCGACUGGAAUCCCACCAUGGAUGCUCAGGCCCAGGAUCGCUGUCACCGAAUUGGCCAGACUCGAGAUGUCCACAUUUAUAGGCUUAUCAGUGAACGGACAGUGGAGGAGAACAUCCUAAAAAAGGCAAAUCAGAAGAGAAUGUUGGGAGACAUGGCCAUUGAGGGAGGCAACUUCACCACUGCCUAUUUUAAACAGCAGACCAUCCGAGAGCUGUUUGAUAUGCCCCUGGAGGAGCCAUCUGGCUCAUCUCUACCCUCUGCCGCUGAAGAGGAGGAAGAGACUGUGGCUAGCAAGCAGACCCAUAUCUUGGAGCAGGCAUUGUGUCGGGCAGAGGAUGAAGAGGAUAUCCGUGCGGCCACCCAGGCCAAGGCUGAACAGGUGGCUGAGCUUGCAGAAUUCAAUGAGAAUGAUGUGUUUCCUGCUGGUGAUGGAGAGGAGGCUGGUCGGCCUGGGGCUGAGGAUGAGGAAAUGUCCCGGGCUGAGCAGGAAAUUGCUGCCCUUGUAGAACAGCUGACCCCCAUUGAGCGUUAUGCCAUGAAAUUCCUGGAAGCCUCACUGGAGGAGGUGAGCCGAGAGGAACUCAAGCAGGCAGAAGAGCAAGUGGAAGCUGCCCGCAAGGACCUGGACCAAGCCAAGGAGGAGGUGUUCCGCCUACCCCAAGAGGAGGAGGAGGGGCCAGGGGUUGGGGAUGAGGUUUCCUCUGGGACUAGUGGAGGCAGCCACCGGCGCAGUAAGAAAGCCAAGGCCCCUGAAAGGCCAGGGACUCGCGUCAGUGAGCGUCUACGUGGAGCCCGGGCUGAGACUCAAGGGGCAAACCACACUCCUGUCACAUCCACCCAUCACACCCGCAGCACCUCCACACCUCCCCGCUGCAGUCCUGCCAGGGAGCGAGUUCCCCGGCCAGUGCCUAGGCCUCGACCCACUCCAGCCUCAGCUCCUGCUACAAUCCCUGCCCCAAUCCCCAUUUCAGCCCCAAAUCCAAUAACCAUGCUUCCUGUCCAUAUCUUGCCUUCUCCCCCACUUCUUCCUUCUCAGAUUCCUCCCUCUUGUUCUUCUGCCUGUACCCCUCCUCCUGCCUGUACCCCUCCACCAGCUCAUACCCCACCUCCAGCCCAAACCUCUCUCUUAACUCCUUCCUCCCCUCUCCUGCUUGGUUUACCUUCUGUGCCCGUCUCCCCGCCAGUCACCAACCUCCCUUUGGGCUUGGAGCCUGAGGCAGAGCUGUGUGCACAAACAUUGGCAUCUACUGAGUCCCUGGAGCUGGCUGAUAUGGCCAGUUCUGAGACGCUUACUCUUGUGCCCGCUAAGGAUCUGUUGCCAGUUGCUGUUGAGAUCCUGCCUAUGUCAGAGAAGAACAUUUCUCUCACCUCUACUGCACCUAGCCCAACUCUGGAGGCUGGCAGUGUCCCCAACGGUCAAGAGCAAGAGGUGCCAGAGCCUGCCGAGGGGACCAUCCUCACAGUGCUGCCUGAUGGUGAGGAGGUGCCUACGUGUCUGAGUGAGAGCAAUGGGCUGGAGCUCCCACCCUCAGUGGCAUCUGAUGAGCUGCUUCAGGAGCCGUUGGAAGCUGACAAGAACUCAGAAGAGCUGGUGGAGUCCCAGACCGCAACCUCCAGCCCUGAGAAGCCACAGGACCGUGUUUCAGCUGAGGUGGCAGCCCCAUCAACCUCAUCCUCGGCCACCUCUUCACCUGAGGGUUCUUCACCUGUCCGGCCCCCUCGGCGUCGCACCAGUGCCGAUGUAGAAAUUAGGGGUCAGGGGGCUGGUCGGCCAGGACAGCCUCCAGGCCCCAAAGUGCUUCGCAAGCUGCCAGGACGGCUAGUGACUGUUGUAGAGGAAAAGGAACUGGUGAGGCGACGGCGACAGCAGCGGGGAACUGCCAGCACCCUAGUGCCUGGGGUCUCUGAGACUGGUGCCAGCCCGGGAAGCCCAUCUACCCGCAGCAUGUCAGGGCCGGAAUCCUCACCUUCCACCAGUGGUCCCUGUGAAGCUGCUCCCCCAUCCUCACUGUCCACCCCAACUCAGCAGCCCUUCAUAGCUCGCCGUCACAUUGAGCUGGGGGUGACUGGUGGGGGCAGCCCAGAGAAUGGAGAAGGGGCACUGCUUGCCAUCACACCUCCUGCUGUGAAACGUCGGAGGGGGAGGCCCCCCAAGAAGAACAGGUCUCCAGCAGAUGCUGGGCGCGGGGUGGAUGAGGUGCCUUCAUCCAUCUCUAAGGGAAAAACCAAUGGGGCUGACCCAGACCCUGGGGCUGAAACCCUUAUUGUUGCGGAGCCUGUUCUGGGACCCCAGGUUAUUCCUGGGCCCCAACCUCUUGGACCCCAGCCAAUUCAUAGACCCGAGCCCAUCCUGUCACCUGUGGAGAAAAGAAGGCGUGGGCGACCCCCUAAGGCACGAGAUUUGCCCAUUCCUGGGACCAUUUCCUCUCCAGGGGAUGGCAACUUAGAGAGCCGGACACAGCCACUCCCACUACCACCACCCCUGCCACCACUUCCACCACUCCUAGCCUGUCCCACUGCUACUGUCGCCAACACUGUCUCUACUCUCACCAUUUCAACAUCCCCCCCCAAGCGGAAGCGGGGCCGACCUCCCAAGAAUCCACCAUCACCUCGGCCCAGUCAACUGCCUGUCUUGGACCGUGAUAGCUCUUCUAUCCUUGAGAGCUGUGGCUUGGGGAGGCGGCGGCAACCCCAGGUUCAAGGGGAGAGUGAGGGUAGUUCCUCUGAUGAGGAUGGAAGCCGCCCCCUCACCCGCCUUGCCCGCUUGCGGCUUGAAGCAGAGGGAAUGCGGGGACGAAAGAGUGAAGGGUCCAUGGUGGUGGCUGUAAUUCAGGAUGACCUGGAUCUAGAUAGUGGGCCUGGUGGGUUAGAAUUGACAGCUCCCAUGGUCUCAUUAGCUCCAAAAUUGCGCUCAACCCGGCUGCGUCCAGGGUCUCUAGUCCCCCCGCUAGAGACUGAGAAGGUGCCUCGCAAACGGGCAGGGGCCCCAGUUGGUGGGGGUCCUGCCUUGGCAAAGCGUGGCCGCCUACAGCCCCCAAGUCCCCUGGGGCCUGAGGGUUCAGUAGAGGAGUCUGAGGCCGAAGUCUCAGGUGAGGAAGAGGAAGAGGAUGGGACCCUACGCCGCCGACCUGCCCCUCGCCGGCUUGGUGGGGCUACCAACCAAGGGGACCAGCGAAUCCUGCGCAGCAGUGCCCCUCCCCACCUGGCUGGCCCUACCAUUAGUCACAGAGGCCGCAAGGCCAAGACGUGAAUGUGCUGCCCCUCCACCUGGGCUUUCUACCAUGGCCCCUCUCCCUCUACAACCAGGCCUGACUCUGUUAACCACUACUUGAAGUCUUUUGAGGAGGAAAGCCUCCAGGGAGACAUAGGGGCCUUCUCCCUUCUUUCCACCAAAGUAGGGGGUAGGCAACUGGUUGUCAUGAAAAUGGGGCUCUUCACAUAUCCCCUUCCCUUCCACCCCACAUGGCUGGGCAGUGUUAAGGGUGGCAAGAUAGUCUCUGUCCCCACCCCCUUGUACUUGAUUCCCCAGCUAUCUUUCACAGCCCCCAACCCUUAGGGGAAGGGAGAGGGGCUUCGCUAAAUGAGUUUUUUUUUUCUUUUUUUUUUUAAGAAGAAAAAAUAAUAAACUUAGUUUCUGUAUGAGCAUCCGCGUAAGGAGGCUUCUGAUUUUCUGGUCUGGUGGAGGGUUGGAUGGGAAGUUGGGCAUCAUUUUUCUCCUGUCUCUUGCUGUUGCCAAGACCCUGGUACCUGAUCUCUAACCCAGAAAUAUGUAUCUUUGAGGCACAAAUCUCAACCCAAGGAGAGGGAAGAUUGGCAAGUCCUCUUAGGGUGCCUUUCCCUAAAGUUUCAGUUUUAAGUCCCUCAGACUCGUACUUUUCCUCUCUUCCUUUCUAUUCUCUUAGUUCUCUGACUUUGUCUCAGAGCUCUCUGAUGCCUCAAGACUUUUCCCCGCUGUUAGCCCUCUUGCUCAGGCGCUUUCAUUCCUUUUCCAGAAGGCAGAUAUCCUACCUCCAGUUGCUCCAUCCUUUCCCCUUCCUUGUUUUCCUCCAUCUAGCCAAACUGGUUUGAGUCAGCCACACCCCUUCCGAGCUCCUGGGGCUCUUCAGGUGGUGGCUGACCACCCAACCCCACCCCUGGGCUUGGCUUGGAGCCCUGACUCAGCUCCAUCUCCACCCAAGCCAAAGCAAACGUGAGGCAGGAGCGAAAACUGAGUCCUUCAAGGCCUAUAGCCA